AUGACAGGAAGUGCUGCCACAACAAAGAAAUCGAGAAAACGAGCAGCGAAGGCGAACCGAGAGCGAGGCGCUAAGGCAAAGCAGGCCCAAGAGAUGCAUAUGGAGAUGCAACGAGCACGUGACUGUGAGACAAAAAAACUCGAAGAUGAAAAUCAAGACCCUGAGCGAUUCGCUAGUGAACAAGAGAAACAAGCUGAAGAAGCUACUCGCAGCAUCAACUCGACACACGGACGAGGAGGAGAAGCAAUUGCAGAGCGAGCGCGAAAAAACCAGAAACACAACAACAUCAAGACUGAAACAGGAACGACACUGACGAAAAUGCAGGACCGUCCACUAGCUGGAGGCAUUGAAGGCGAAGUAGACGACGAGGCUUUCCCCUCUGAGCGAC